GCCGUCGUUGUAGCCUAGCGUCGUACUUGUUGCGUCAGUCCGUGACGUUGCACUACAGUCGCUGGUUACUUCGACACACACACACCACCACUCAUUCAGUUUUCUCUUGUUUUUUCGGUAAACGGUGCACCAAAAUUGUUAUUAAAAAGAAACGCGAAAAGGUUUUUUCUCAAAAUUUCUUCCCGGCCGAUUUUUCUCUCGAAAAACCGAAACGCGCCCCCUCGGACUAACAGCGAUAUAACAAGAUUAAAGGAUCGACAAUGGAUCUUAAAACGAACGUCGAACUACCAGUAACAGGAUGCAACAGUCGCAAAAAUCUGCACCACAUAACGAAUCAGUAAUAGUAAAAUAGUGAGAAAAAGAAGAAACAGUUCAAGUUUGAAAUAAUUUUUCAAGUGCGACCAGUGAGACAGAAUUUAAAGAGUAAAACAAAAAAAGUACAGUGACACCUACCGGUUGUUUUCGUUUUUUGUUUUUAAUUUCUUUUUCAUUUUCGUUUCGAGUGCAAUCCCCCUUAGUAAUACUUAAACCGAAUAAAAAAACCGGGCGAGCAACAAAAAUAGUAAAUAAUAAAAUAAAAGUUCUCUUGGUGUAAUGAUCGUUUGGAAGAAGCAAUGGGCCAAAGUAAUCUAUGUUUUUCGAUACACCCUUACGUCGUGGUCAGUGUUUUAAAGCUUACGACGCCUUGUAAAAAUGGCGGACUGUUCAUAUUCGCGAUGUAUCCAACAGAAAAGAAACAUUAGAAGGGAAUUACAACGAUGGACAAAAAAUAUGGUGUACAUAGUUGGGUUGGAAAGGAUAGCUGAAGAGCUGAUGGGUCGCAGGAAAUGGAAACUAUACCAAGAGUCUAUGUCAAGGAACUAUCUGCAGCCGCUAAACAACAACGUAAAGAGAGCGAACGAUACGGAUCCGGGUACAGCGAUCCUGCACCGAGACGCGUCCAGUCCAGACUCGAAGGACCUGGUGAAGGUCGCGAACAGCGUCCACAAGACGCCGGAAGACCAUCAAAUCGUUGCCGCCCCCGCUGCCGUUGUCUUCGCCACGCCGCCUACAGAGAACGGAACGUCGCGUUCUGGUGGCGAAAAUCCUACGGCAUCAUUACCAUUAGAAAACGGCGAUAUCUCAGCAUCCGACACCGGCACCUCCGCCAAAAUUACAGCGGAUAUCAUCAAAAAGGAGGAGCCGCUGUUAGAGGCGCCCUCCACAGAGGUUCCGCAGGACGCGGAAGACCAAAUAAAAGAUUGGUCGCCGCAGAGCAAGUGUUACUUCUGCGUCGACGGCAAACUGGAUAGUGAACAUAAUAAUCACGGGGGUUUGAGUCCCCGUCAUUCGGAUUCAGAUUCAAGCGAUAGUAGAAGCGACGCAGAACCGCCAACGUUGAGUCCAGCAGCGUUUCCAAAUAAUCGACAGCGUCACCACGGGUCCCAUAGGAACAUGACCAGCGUCGAACAGAAUAUGGCUGUAAUAGCGGCCGUCACAAACGCCAUAAAUUCCGGGUCGCCGAUGCCGCACCUAGCCCUUUACCCUCAGUUCUAUCCAUUCAUGGGUCAGAACGCGGCUUCGGCUGCCGACGGGGCCGAGGAAAAGACGGGCGAGGAGCCGCUGGAUCUCAGCUCGAAAUCGAGCAACAACGGGACGGACAAGAUGCGCAUCCUCGACCCGAAGCUCUUUAGUUUCGAUGCUCGGUCAAAGAGCAAGAUGCCUCCGGUAGUGGGCAGACGAACGUACACCGAGGACGAACUGCAGGCGGCUCUCAGAGACAUCCAGUCGGGAAAGCUGGGCACCAGGAGGGCGGCCGUCAUUUAUGGCAUCCCCCGCUCAACGCUCAGGAACAAGGUAUACAAAUUAGCGCUAGAGAGAGAGCGCGAGUCACAUCUCAACCCGGUCACAUUGAAGCUAGACGAAGACGAUCCGAUGGACGAGGACAAAGACCUGUCCGGGGCCGAGGAGGAGAAGGAGGUGGAGAAGGCCCUAAAGGGUCCGCUCAUCUCCAUCGAGGACAUCCUGCGACUAUCCAACCUCAACAGCACGGAGGCGCUUCAGAGGAACGUCGGACCCUACCUCCAAAAUCUCCUGCAGCAGGGCGUCGGAGGAGGUGGAGGUGGAGGAGUGGACCCGAAGCCGCAGAUCGAUCCGGACCCGAUCCUGCGAGAGGUCCUCCGGAAGAUCGUCGUCGAAGAGAAACUGCGGCCGCACCAUCACAACAACGGAGAUAGUGAGAAACUAACCCGACCGAGUCCGUCGAAUUCGGCCGGUUUGAGGCAAGAGAAAAGGUCUGAAUCUGACAUGGAAACAGAAGAGGUGCCGUCGAAUGUGAUACUAAAGAUUCCGUCCUUCAAGCCAACCACCACACCAAUCGCUCUGCCAAAGAACGGCUGCGAUAUCAUAAAAAACCCAAUGGAACAUGUCGGUGCUGUGAUCUCGCCGCCGGUUACAAGCAACGAGUCCGCAUCGCCGCCCAUUCAACCCAAGAUGUCGUUAAAAGAUGUUAAAGAUGCCAUCGCCAAAAGUAUAUGCGGCAAGUUCCAUCAGAGCCCCGAUCCAAGGUUUCCCAUUCCGGACCUUGACAUCAAACGAGGUUUUACCCCACCACUCGGAGGCCUUCCCAUUAUUCAAAAGCCACCGCAAGCUGAAAUCCCACCACGCCCUAGUUAUCAACCGCCCCCGGUACAGUCAUCUAAACCUCCGAACACCACGGCAAACACUGCCGCGGCAGCCGCAGGAGGGAAGGGCACUCGACCGAAACGCGGUAAAUACAGAAACUAUGACCGCGAUAGUUUGGUAGAAGCCGUCAGAGCUGUGCAAAGGGGUGAAAUGUCCGUACACAGAGCCGGUAGUUAUUACGGCGUUCCACAUUCGACACUCGAAUAUAAAGUGAAAGAGCGACAUCUAAUGCGUCCGAGGAAAAGGGAUCCCAAACCUAAUCCGGUUGACGAGAAAAUCGCUUCUCUCAAACAAAACGACCUCCGCAACGCAGAGAAAUUCAAACCAAAUCCACCACCACAUCUCAAAACCUUACAAAGGUUACCGCCGACAUCUCCUAACGGACGAAUGCCAAUCAUCGAUCCAAAUUGUCCAAUUCAGUAUCCACCUCCAUUCCCAUUUUGGCAUAAUUUCUCAACCUUUCCACCAGCAGCAGCUUUCCCAACAAACCCUGAACAGUACUAUGCCUCCCAGAUGAUGCAAAAGCUUCAAGAAGAAUCAUCUCGUACAACGCCUCAUACAAACAUAGUAAAUCCAAUACCUCCAGCAUUACCUAAAAAUACAAGACAAAUAGCCGAAUCCCUCCUGACCUCAGGAGCCAACGGAUCAUUCCUCGACGGCAUUAUCCGUUCUAGUUUAGAAUCUGGAGUACCAACAUCCAACGAUGACGACUCAAUAAAAGAAGAAACCACAAAACCAAUAGCACCAGAAAACAUGUCAAAUAAAGCCUUACUCGACCAACUGUGUCGAAAUAGUCGCUUAACCCCCUUACCGAAAAUGUCAGAACCGAGCAGUUCGUCAGGGGACGAAAGCUAUAGAAAAGGGACGAGUCCCCCGAACGCCUCGGACAACAACAAAGUCACCUCCCCUAAACGAAACGACGAGGUUCACACGAUAGAAUCGUCUAACGAUUCGAACGAUGCGUCGACGAACGAUAAAAAAGUAGAAGAACCACCACUGAAACCUCCUCAAGGGAGAAUAUACCUAAAAACGGAACUUGCUAACCCGGACAAUUUAAAGCCAGAAAUGUUGAUGCGAUUCCGCGACGUUCUUCACGACGUCGAUCGAAACGGGGUUGUGGAAACUAACGAUGGCCAAACGAUCCAGGACUGACCUUCACCAAUGCUUGGAGCACUGCUUAUGCCGCAGGUUACAAGUUCAAGAAUGUCCCAGAACGGAAGGGACCAGCGUUUGUUGUUGAUGUAACAAGAUAAAAACUCGAAAUUAACUAAAAAUUUAAAAGAAAUAUAAGAAAAUUUAUAGAUUGACAAAUUAUUUUUCGUUUAUUUCGAGUUUUUUUAAGAGCACCAGAAGGAAGAUGUUUGUUGAUAUUUAUUUAUUAAAUUCGUUUCUGUUAAUAAGCUCUUAGGGUUAGAAGAACGGUUAAAGUUGCAUUCUUACAUCAAAGCAGUGUCCGCGACAAUUAAUAAGACUAAAAAUAAAAGGAAAUUAAAUAAAUAUAAAUAAAUCAAAAAACAUGAACGAGACGUCUAAAAUCCAUAUAGCAUAGCAUAUAUAUCUUUCUCUCUGUAAUAAAUUAUUAGGUGUUUUUUGAAUUUUUCCACCGAUCUUAUUGGAAAUUUGACCGGUGGUCGGCUAAAAAAAGAAAUAUUAAAGUAAACAUGUAGAUAAUGGCAAAAACAAAUUCGUACUCUAUGUUCAUUGUUCGGUGUUUUUUCGGCGUAUAACUCUAAUGACAAAAAAAAAUUAUGAAAAACUGAAAAAACAAAGUAUAUCGGUGUACUUUCUAUAUGUGUCUUCAACGUUGCGUAUACCUCAAAACGUUUAUAAAUUAAAAAAAUUUCAUGUAUGUACCACGCAGAAAAAAAGUACGGAAAAGGUGAGGAGAGUCGUCUAACUUUUACGACCUCUAUAUGUCUUACCACAUACAUAAACACAUUAACACAUAAUUGACUGCUUUGAUGUUGAUAUAUCGAUGAUAAAAAAACCCUCGGGACGGACGUCCCGCAAUUGAUAAAAAAAAUUAUAUCUAUCUGUGAUUUAUUCAAAAUUUUUGAUGUAUAUUUUCUCUAAAAAGAAGAAUAUCUUAAAUAUUAUAAAUAUUAAAUUAAAUGAGAAAACAAUUAGGUGUAGUUAAUUGAUAUGGAAAUAUUUGAAUUUAAAUAAAAAAAAGAGCGGCCUGACGCGCCCUUGUUUUCAUAUGACAAAGUGCAAUUAGAUGGUAUAUACAUAUAUAUUUACAUCAAUAUUAAGUAGGAUAUAAGAUAUAUUUAAAAAAUAUAUUAUAUAUUUGAGAAUAAAUGGAAGCUAUUUUCGUUUGAGAGAUAAAAGAUUGACACUAACUACAGAUAGAGUUUAUGAUGACAAAACAACAGCAAACAAAUUCUUUCUUUGUAUUUAUUAAUUACGUAUUAACUAAAUUUUUUUUAAAUCUGACCGAAAUUAUUCAAAAUGUUGCGUAAAUUUUUAAAAAGCAGUCCAAAUUACAAAAGUAUACGAUAAAUCAAAAUUGAUACAAAAAUCUUUAUGUAUAACAAAUACAAUGAAAGAAUUUGCAAAAUAAAAUGCUUCUAAUCCCUCAACAAACAAAACUUCCGCAACAAAAAAAUUAAAUUGACAGGCUGCUACCGAUAACUUAACUACACAACAGACCAGAACCGGCUCGACACCGACAGUUUUAGGCCUAGCCAAAACGGCUGGGUCAUCACAACCAAAACCAAAUCUACAUAAAAAAAAAACUACCAGAUUCUACAGUAACACACACAUAUUUAUGUUGGACCAAUUGCAGUAUAUUGUACAUAUAUAUUAAAUGGUAUGCUUUUUUCAAAACAUAUCGUUUUGGGGUCGUUGCCAUAAAGGUAAAAAAAAAAUUAGGCGCGUAAACCCGGUGGCUACACCCCCAAAAACCAAAAAAAAAAAGAAACAUUCCAACCAUAUAUGUGCCAGAUUUUUUAUUCGCAAGAAUAGAAAAUACGAAAAUUAGCUGAUGAUGAUAAUGAUGAAAGAAA